UGUCGUAACUUGACCACUGCACAACACGUUUCUUUCCCUUUACGCCUCUGUAUGUUAGCGGUGCACUGUAAUGGCAGUUUAACGUAAAUAAAAACACGAUUAAAACGCGAUGUAGCUCAAAAAUCAUUUUUAUUAGAGUGUUAAGUCUCUUCUCUAAAUAAGGAGGAAAAAAGGGUGAAGGAUGUUCGUGUUGGUUGAGAUGAUCGACACUGUACGGAUUCCUCCAUGGAAUUUCCAUCGGCAGCUGAACGACGCCAUCGCGGAGGAGCUCAACAAGAAACUGGCCAACAAGGUGGUGUAUAACGUAGGCUUGUGUAUCUGCCUGUAUGACAUCACUAAACUGGAGGACUCUUACAUAUUCCCCGGGGACGGAGCCUCGCACACUAAAGUGCACUUCAGGUAUGUGGUGUUUCACCCGUUUCUGGACGAGGUUCUGGUCGGGAAGAUCAAAUACUGCAGCCAGGAAGGAGUGUAUGGUGAGAUUAUCCAGCAAAAAAACCCUUCACUCGCUCUUCCAUCCUCUUUUUCUUCAGCUGUUAGACCUCCUGGACAGCUUUGUUUACUGACCCUCGGAUUCUUCGACGACAUCCUGAUCCCACCUGAGUCCUUACAGCAGCCUGCUAAGUUCGACGAAGGCGAGCAGGUGUGGGUGUGGGAGUACGAGACAGACGAAGGAGCUCACGACCUCUACAUGGACCAGGGAGAGGAGAUCCGCUUCCGGGUCGUGGAUGAGUUCUUCUUGGAUACGUCUCCCACCGGGCCCACCAAAGAGCCCGAGGCUCCUGCUAAAACGGCUGGCGCGGCGCCUGCAACCAAUACAGACGAGGGGACACAGAAGAAAGAGUCUCCCUACACGCUUAUGGCUUCCAUCAGUGAGCCAGGACUGGGUCUGCUGUCAUGGUGGAGCAGCUAGAUGACACUCAGUGCUCUGUGGUGGAGAUCUGCUCAUCAGUCACUCUGUUAUUCGACAUCAGGCACCAGAGAGAUGGAGUCACUCCUGUUUGUUCUGCUGCUUUAGGCUGACAUCCUAAAUGUACACUGUGUUCAUCAGGGGCCACACCACAGUGUCUCUCCGGCACUUCUCAACUCUGACCUCAGUUUGUAUCGACGUUUGAAACUCUAUUGGAUUUUUGACCGGCAGCUCGACGGACCAAUCGGUGAAACGUUGCCACGUGGACAUGAGCCGAGGUUCAUCACAUUCCCGUGUCUCGGGAAAAUCUACAUCAUCGUUUACAAAACAGUGCGUUAAUGAUAUUCUGUUUCAGUCAUUUGGUGUGAAACAACCCCAGCUUGUGUGUCUUACUGUGUGGAAAAAUUAUAUUUAUUUUGCUUUAAUAUCCACAUGAUCUCAGUUGCAGGUCCAUGUUGAUUGAUUACUGUGUGUCAAUGAGUUGCUGAUUAUAAAAUAAAGCAAAAAAGGUAUUUUCUUCUUAACGUUA